AAACAAGGUAUGCAUGAUUGGUAGAUCGAAUCCAUCCUUUUCACAUGCUGCAUCGUUUUCAAAUGAUUCAGAGGUACUUCGGUACGAACCCUGCCAGGACUUCAUUCUAUUCAGCGACCACGCGCUGCAACCGAAAUUUCGCAUGGAAGAAUAUGUUUCAUACCCCGGCUUGCAGAAGUCCAGCUAGGCUAGGGUUGAAACGGAAGCAUGCAACCGCUACCACAAUCGUGCUGUGCCAUGUACAGCUGUUAAGGUCGGACAGUCGAUGAAAACCAACUGGCCAAGAAACGGAUCCCCUGUCGACAAUGACCUGAUCA